GGCAGGGUCCUGUUUGGAUGCACUCAGGCUGAACAAGCCGCUGAUUGUUGUAAUCAAUGAGGAUCUAAUGGAUAACCACCAGACAGAGCUGGCGAAGCAAUUGGAGAAGAAUGGUCACGUUUACUUUUGCGUGCCCAGCACGUUAGCAGCCACUUUACGCUUCGAUUUGACGAAACUAGUGCCCUAUCCGAAAAUCGACGAGAAACUUUUUGCGAAUUACUUGGACAAGUGCUCUGGAUUUGUGCAAUAAUAAACUAUGAAUAAACCAGUACCAGGAAAAACAUGCAUGUCUGGCAACGAUGUCCAUAGAUAGGAAAUGCAUAAGAUAACCUCUUGGGGGCACUUAAUGAAUAAAUAAAUAGUUAUCAUACGGCAGUUGCUUAAUGUUCAAAAAUAUCCUCCACUGCAGAACUGUUAAACCUCUAGUCCUGCACCGUUCAACCAGAAUGCAGUGCGGGCAGACGAUUGUGAGUGUAGCCCAAUUCACUGCAACCAAUGAUAAAAACGCCAAUCUCCAAACUGUCUCCAGAUUAGUGCAAAAUGCCUCUUCACAAGGGGCUAAAAUGGUUUUUCUUCCAGAGGCCUGCGACUACAUUUCCAGAAACAAGGAUGAGCUAAUCGCUCUAUCGGAGCCUUUGGAUGGUCCUCUAAUGACAGCCUAUAAAACGUUGGCUCGCUCAUUUAAUGUCUGGCUUUCUAUUGGGGGAUUUCAUCAGAAACUGGAAGGGAACAGAGUAUGUAACUCGCAUGUCCUCAUCAACCACGAAGGCACAAUUCUGGGUCAAUACAGGAAAAUUCACCUUUUUGAUGUGUCAAUACCAGACAAAAACAUCCACUUAAAAGAAUCGGAUGCCAUCACAGCAGGAUCUUCAAUCCUGCCUCCUUGUUCCACGCCAGCAGGAAAUGUAGGACUCUUAAUCUGCUACGAUCUGAGAUUUCCGGAACAGAGCACAAUAUUGCGCUCUGAAGGCGCAGACAUUCUAACAUUUCCCUCGGCCUUCACUAGAGAAACUGGCCAGGUACAUUGGGAGCCUCUGCUCAAGGCCAGAGCCAUUGAGAAUCAAUGCUAUGUGGUUGCAGCCGCUCAAUAUGGAGAGCACAAUGAAUCGAGAAUUUCGUUUGGACAGUCCAUGAUUAUAGAUCCAAUGGGGAAGGUGAUAGCUGAAUGUCCAAAAUACUCAGCAGAGUGUCCGACUAAUGAGAGCAUAGCAGUCGCCACCAUUGACUUGGAAUUGGUGGCAAACGCGAGAAAGAACAUGCCAGUUUUCUCGCACCGGAGGAACGACAUCUACAGCCUAAAUACGAUCAGGACUAAGGAAGACAUUAAGGAUGAUCGAAUGUAUUCGUUUGCGGACAAGUCAAUUCCUGGCAGCACCGUAUUCUACAAGUCAGCGUACUGUUUUGCCUUCACGAAUAUUCGAUGCGUGGUCCCUGGGCAUGUACUGGUAUCCACUAUAAGACGAGUACAGAGGCUGCACGACAUGACCCAAGAAGAGAUAGCUGAUCUUUUCCAGACCGCCGUUAAAAUUUCUAAAAUUAUGGAAGCGGCUUACCAAGCCGCAUCAAGCACGGUUUGUGUCCAGGAUGGCGAAUAUGCCGGCCAAACUGUCCCGCAAGUGCACGUGCAUAUUUUACCACGCAAAAAGGGCGACUUUGCCAACAAUGACGAUAUUUAUUCGCGUCUGGCCGACCAGGACAGAGACACCAAUCCGACGUCCAGAAGAACACUGCAGGAACAAGUGGAAGAAGCCGCUUAUCUAAGAACGUUUUUUCUUUGAUCAGUGCGAAAUUUGUUGAAAUAAAUGAAGAGUUACAAGAA